CACAGUGGGCCCUCCCAACAGGAUGAUGUCAUCUCUACAAAGUGCGCAGCCAUUUUGUUAGCUAGCUUGAGGUUAUAGAGGUUAGCCGUGUGCUGCUGCAUUGUAUGUUGUCUUUACGCUUUUGUACGUAAAUCUGAACGAACAAGAUACUUUGUCGAUGUUGAUGUAAGCGUACAGUUCUCAGCCACACACUCGCAGACAAGAGGCGGACUCGUGCGUUUGUUGAUAGUGAACACUGCGCGAAACUGAAUGGUCAUUCAUCUUUCAAGCCGUCUUGGGUUUGCUAGCUUGUUAGCUAGCUAGCUGACUAACGUGUUUACGCGUGCUGCGAGCGGAGAAGAAAGCUAGUGACUGUUACAGCGUUGUUGAGUGAAUGUUUGCGUCUCACAAAGUUUGUCUGUUUACGUUUGAGUACCUUUGUGUUUCAGUGGCGUCUCUCAGCUAUCUGAAGUAACGUUAAUCUACAGCGACGACCGACGCUACAGACUCUUGUGCAUCAUUCCCUGAUUGAACUUUAGCUCCAUCGGCUGCUUCCACUCGGACCAGCGACCGACCAUUUAGAGACCAUGUCAGAGUUGUACAUUCGUGUGGCCGAAGAUGAAAACGAGGAGCCCAUGGAGAUCCCUUCAGAGGACGAUGGCACUAUUUUGCUGUCGUCGGUAGCGGCACAGUUUCCAGGAGCGUGCGGGCUGCGAUACAGGAACCCAGAGUCCCAGUGUAUGAGGGGGGUCCGGCUCGUGGAGGGGGUCCUGCAUGCACCCGAGAACGACUGGGGAAACUUGGUCUAUGUCGUCAAUUACCCUAAAGAUAACAAGAGAAAGAUGGAAGAAAUAGAUGCUGCCUCAGCCGUGAAAGUGAAAAGGGGAUUUCAGAAGACAUCAGAUCUCAUUGUCCUCGGGCUGCCGUGGAAAACAACAGAACAAGACCUGAAAGAUUAUUUCACUACCUUUGGGGAGGUCAUCAUGGUGCAGGUCAAGAGAGAUUUAAAGACUGGCAACUCCAAAGGGUUUGGGUUUGUCCGGUUCACUGAGUAUGAGACACAAACCAAAGUGAUUGCUCAGAGACACAUGAUUGAUGGACGAUGGUGUGACUGCAAACUUCCCAACUCAAAGGCGUGUCCCGAUGAGCCCAUGCGGAGCCGUAAAAUCUUUGUUGGCCGCUGUACAGAGGACAUGACAACCGAUGAGCUGAGGCAGUACUUCAUGCAGUACGGCGAAGUCACUGAUGUCUUCAUCCCCAAACCUUUCCGGGCUUUUGCAUUUGUCACGUUUGCCGAUGACCAGGUUGCCCAAGCCCUGUGCGGAGAGGACUUGAUCAUCAAGGGCAUCAGUGUGCACAUCUCCAAUGCUGAGCCCAAACACAAUAAUAGUAGGCAAAUGAUGGAUCGAGGGCGGUUUGGGGCUGGUGGGUUCAGUCAGGGCUAUGGCAGUAAUCGCGGUGGGAUGGGCAGCGGUAGUGGUGGGGUUAACUUUGGGGCUCUCGGUCUGAACCCGGCAAUGGUGGCUGCUGCUCAGGCAGCGCUGCAGAGCAGCUGGGGAAUGAUGGGCAUGCUGGCUAACCAGCAGGGUCUGACCACAACGGCAGGCACACCCACUACAACCCGAGACCAGACCUAUAGCUCUUCCAGCACCAGUUACAGCAGCCCCAGCUCAGCUAGCCUCGGUUGGGCUGCAGGCGCUAACACGGCCUCCAGCGGUGGCUUCAGCUCUGGCUUUGGCACCUCUAUGGAGUCUAAGUCUUCUAGUUGGGGAGUUUAGAUAGAUUAGAGUUGCGCUUUUCUGUUGCUAUUAGGCUAAUCUGGUAAGUAUACAUGCAGUGGGGAACUGCUUAUAUCUUGUGUUCCUAUUAUUAAAAUAUACUGCCUUUUAUUUUGUUAAAGAGAGAAUUUAUACUUACGUGUGACUGAUAAUGUAGUCAUGCAUUGAGUGGGUGAAAAGUUUAGUUUGUUAGUGGAAACUGCCACACUGCAUUUUGUUUUGAUUUUAAAUGUUAAACACAGAUCACUGUGCAUGAGAGAUAAAUAUUUAUAAACAUGCACGAGUAUCUUGAGAGCCCCCUCGUCCCCUUGUAAAAUGAGCUUGAUAUAAUUGUAUAUCUGUAUGCAGUUCAUUGCUUCUUUUUGUUUUGACGUCAUUUGGAAACGCCUUCAUGAAAAUCUCUUCUGCAGUUCACCAACUCUUUCCCAAUUUCCCGGGAGGAAGCGCCUCAUUGGCUGCAAUGUUCGACAGAUCUCAGUAUCAAUUCCCCUCUUCCCAUGUGUAAAUGCUUUGCCAUCAAAGAACACAGCUUCACUCUGCAUAUACUGUGUUAGACGGGACCUCGGACAUGGACAGCCCAGGUUUUCGUCAGAAUCCAGGUUGGAGUCAGUUAUGGAGAAGCUGAAGACAUUGUUGGGUGGGCCGGCACAAACCAAAACCAACAAUGGAAUUGCUGCACGACUGCCUUAGUCCUGAAAAGGAUCUUCUUCACUUCACUAGCAAGAAACCUCGGACCAUCCCGUAAUCAAAUUUAGAGCGGACCAUACUCAAUUGGGCAGAGGUAUUUGUUCAUACCUACAAAUGUCACAAAUAGGACCGAAGUCACUUCAACAGUUUGGCAGCGGUCAUUCUUAUUUUUCCCAAAACCUGUGAAACACAAAGUCUGCCUUUUAAUCUGAAACAUGCAUUUCUGUCAGUGAAUGCUUUUAUUCUUUGUCCUCGUAACACUCACUGUUAACUUAUGAAAGUAUUAUCUGGUAGGUUUCUUUUCAAUGUGAUCAAAAAGCAUUUCAACAAGGCAAGAUGUUUCUGUUAUUUUUUUUUUUAUCCUGAUUGUAAAGUGGAUGGAAUGUAUCACUAAGAGAUUUAAAAAAGGGAUUUAAACAACUGAUUGAACAUGCCAGCAGGAAUUUUCACUUUCUGUAUUGAGAUAUUUUAGUAUUGCGGUGUAAAAUAAACAGGUUUUUGAGUUUUUAA